AUGCAAAUUGAAUUGGAAAACAAAUCAAUCACAAACUGUCUGUUUUUAUCACUUUUCUCGAAGAACAUCGCAAUGACAUGUUCGCUGCAGCCGCUGAAAAAGGAAAAACCACGUGAAUUCGAACAACUUCCUCUCUUCGAUUCUCAUUCGCCAGCAGUUUUCCAAGAUAAAACCCUCCGUUGGAGAGCAUGAUGACCUACAAAAACCUCCAAUUUUAGUGUGUUGUUUGUUGGUCUUUCCUCCUAGCCCCAGAGAAAGAAAGAAACGUCAAUGAUCGAUCACAUCGAGGACAACAAACAAUCUUUUCGCGAUCACGCACGGAAAUACUAUUUCGGCAAGUAAGCUGGACAUAAGGAGCGCACGUGAUACCAGCGCAUGUGUUAUCUCAAAGUAUACGUGUAAAAGUGACGUGUAUAGUCUAGAAUAUGCCUGUGCUUAUUAAACAUGAUAU